CCGCCGCACACUUUUGGCCACUGCACGGGAAAGGGGGGACGAGGCUGCAUGUGCGCAGAGUCGCUCGCGGAUCUCCCGAGACUGAUCUCAGCAUCCCGCAGGCUCAGUCAAAAGCAGCGACGAAACAUCAGCCGCUGCCAGACAUGGAUGAAGGAAUCUCCCGCUUGCCGGAGCGGCAGCUGCUGGAGCAUAGGGAUUUUAUAGGGCUGGACUACCCUGCCCUGUAUAUGUGCAAACCCAAGAGAGGCGUGAAGAGGGACGAGAGCAAGGAAACGUACAAACUGCCACAUAGACUGAUAGAAAAGAAGAGGCGAGACAGGAUAAACGAAUGCAUUGCCCAGCUGAAGGAUUUACUGCCCGAGCAUCUGAAGCUGACGACGCUUGGACACCUGGAGAAAGCGGUGGUGCUGGAACUGACUUUGAAGCACUUGAAAGCGCUAACAGCCUUAACAGAGCAGCAGCACCAGAAGAUUAUUGCUUUGCAGAAUGGGGAGCGGUCCAUGAAGUCUCCGGUGCAGGCCGACCUGGACGCCUUCCACUCGGGCUUUCAGACGUGCGCCAAGGAAGUGCUGCAGUACCUCUCCCGCUUCGAGAGCUGGACCCCCCGCGAGCAGCGAUGCGCCCAGCUCCUCGGCCACCUGCACUCCAUCUCCUCGCAGUUCCUCCCCGGCCCCCAACUCCUCUCCCCGCCGCCGGGCCCCCUCAGCAAGGGAUCCUCCUCCUCUUCCUCCCCGCCCGCCCCCCACUGCGCGCCGGGCCACAAGCCGGAGGGCCAGGCUAACUGCGUGCCCGUCAUCCAGCGGACUCACGCCGCCGAAUUCAGCGCCGAGACCGACACGGACACGGACAGCGGCUACGGCGGGGAGGGCGAGGCGCGCCCCGAGCGCGGCCCCGCAGCGGCGGCCGGCGGAGCGCUGCCCGCCCUGUCCAUCAAGCAGGAGCCGUCGGGGGACGAGGUGCCCCCCGCGCCCAAGCGGUUGAAGCUGGACCGCGGCGGGAGCCCUAUGCCCGGCCCGCCGGGGCUGGGGGCGCGGAGCGCCGAGGCAGCGGCAGCGGCGGCGGCGGCGGCGGCGGCCGCUCUGGUCAGACCCGACGCCUCCCUGCUGGGCUCGCUGAUGGCCCUGGGGGCGGGCGGCGGCGGGGCCCCCUUCGGACAGCCGGCAGCGGCCCCUUUCUGCCUGCCCUUCUACUUCAUCUCCCCCUCGGCCGCCGCCGCCUACAUGCAGCCCUUCCUGGAUAAAGGCAGCCUGGAGAAGUAUCUCUACCCCGCCGCUCCCAUCCCGCUUCUCUACCCGGGCAUCCCGGCCCAGGCGGCCGCCGCCGCAGCUGCCGCCGCCGCCUCCUUCCCCUGCCUCUCCUCCGUGCUUGGUCCCGCCGAGAAGGCGGCAGCGGCCGCCGCUGGGCUGCCCCCGACGCCCCACCUCCCGCACCCCUUCGCUGCCGCCGCCGCCGCCGAGCCCGGCGAGGAGCCCGAGCCCGCAGCUGCCGAGGAGCCCGGCGCUGAGGGCCCGUGAGAUGCCCCCGGGGGCUCCCUGCCGCCGCUGCCCUCCCCUCGGACUGGGGGACCGUCGGGCCGGCAUUUGCGCUCCCGGGUUCCUUCGGAGGGCAGGGGUCGCCGGGGCCGGUUAUCGCCUUGAGCUGGCGGCCGCGGGGUGCCGGGGCCUGGCCCGGGGGAGCCCCACUGACGGGGCGGCAGGUCCCAGAGCGGCUCCCGCAGAGGACCGUGGAGGAUAAAAUUUGCUACUCAGUAUUUUUUUAAUGUUUGGCUUUAUAAAUGCAUAAAUAAGGAAAAAAAAAGAAGGAAGAAAACAUAGUAAGGAUACUUUUUUUUUUCUCUAUAUAGAGUAAUUAAAUGUGGCACCUUACUUGAAAUGGGUUUGUAGAGUGUGUCCCUAAGUCCCACCUGGGAGCUUGCACUUGUCCGGGAGACCUGGAUGGGCUCAGGGUGAGGGUGGGGUGCAAGGCAAGAGAGGAAGGGCAGAGCCCAGCACCUAUGCUAGCACUUUAUGGGGAAUCGGAGCAUGGAGGAUGCACCCUGAGCCCAAACCUGCAGUGCCUUGAGCACCCGGGGAGGCCGCUGGCUCCAGUGAGUUUUGGGUGUGCAAGGGAAGGAGGGUCAGACCCAUUACAUAACCUUGUGUUUAUUUCAUAAUUUUUUUUGGCUAAGAUAUACAGGUGUGGCAAGUGCAUUUGUUCUCACCCCAUCUUUAUUUAAUUCAGUAUGUUCCCAAGAGAUUUUUUCCCCCUAACCUUGCUGUAUGAAAUGAAUGUUACUGCACUGAACUACAAAAAAACAAACCCUUCUCUCCCCCAAGAAAACACAGAGCAGCCUGAACUCAUCCUAAAUUCUGAGUGACACAAACUGGAGGCCGUAGGUAAAACACCUCGCUGUGCAAUCAGAAACGAUUAAACCAGUUGGGGUAAGUUUCCCAUAUGGGUUUUUCCCUCAUCCCAUGCUCAAAUACUGCGAUUUCCCUUUCUGGAGACAAACCAGACGCCAGAUAAUCACACAGAUAAAGCUUUUAUAAUAAGGCUUAAACCAAGACCUUGCCUAGAUAUUUUUAGUUUGUUGCCAAGGUAGCACUGUGAGAAAUCUCACUUGAAUGUUAUGUAAGAGGUGAGACACCACAGCCUGGCGAGGAGUGUGUGCGUGUCCGGGGUCCGUCAGUCCAUUUGGUGCAUCUGCUGCUGCUGUUGCUACUGUUUGCCUCAAACGCUGUGUUUAAACAACGUUAAAAAAAAAUCUUACUAGCCUACAGAGUGGCUAUAUGUAAAUAGUUGUUAAUACAUCCAAUUAAUGAUGUCUGACAUGCUAUUUUUGUAGGGAGAAAAAUAUGUGUUAAUGAUAUUUUGAGUUAAAUAUCUUUUGGGAGGAUUUGCUGAAAAAGUUGCACUUUUGUUACAAUGCUUAUGCUUGAUACAAGCUUAUGCCGUCUUAAAUUAUUAAAAAAAAAUAAAUCCUGUCUGCAAGAAACCAGCUGUUUUAGAACAGUUUAGUAUGUGAUAUAUUAGAAAUCAAUCUUUAUAUUCAGUAUUUUCCAGCACUCCAUGAAUUCUAUUAUCUAAAUAUUUCCACACUAUUUUGUGAUUAAAAAAUUCUUACUAAGGAAUAAAAACUUUAAUACACAAAAUGGGGUUGUCUACUAAUUAAAAAUGUAAUGUUAAUACAUAAUAAUUGGUGCAUUGAGCUUCAAACUGUACGGUUGUGUGGCUGAUGAUAAUUCACGGUUUUAAUCUGGGUUUGAAUUUGCUGGGUUUCCUUUAACUCUCUUUGGCAAACUCUGGUUUAAUAUGUGCAUAUUUCACAAAGCCAAGUGUAAAGCAUGCAUGUGGAACAUGCACGUUUCUUCCUGACAUCUACUUUUUUCCUCUUCUUUUUUGCAAAAUAUUAAUCUUUAAAAUUAACACUUGACAGCCCUGGUGCUGCAUAGGAGYUCUCUUUGCUCACAAGGAGCAAACUUUAUGAUUUGCCUGUCCAUCUAAUGAUGURUCAUAAUCUCUGCAGGAAUGAAUGACGGAUGCCUCAGCUUGGAAAUACUCUACAACUGAGCAUUUUGUGGUUGGGGGGGAGGCACAGCAAGAGGAGCAAUAGUGGUGGAAGUGGGCAAAUCAUCCCUAGCAUGGAAAUGCAGUAUUCUGAAGACUUCCACAGAUUGAAUAGCAGAGCUGUAGAUCACCUUUUCUUGCAAAAAUUAUUACAGAGAAAUAAAGKAACCCCUCAAACAGUAGCCAGUGUUUAUGUAAGAGAGAGAUGAAGGGAACGUUCCGUGCUCCCUCUGCUGGUUCUGCAAUAUCGAUGACUACACUGACAAGGAAUGAAGCUGGAAUGGAAUAAAAAACUCCUACGACUCGUGUUAAUUCCAUCAAUCCUUUAAAAUACAUCGUAAUUAUGAAUUGGACGAAAAAUAAGUGCUCCUUUUAUAUGACUCGAAUAGGAUUGUUAAGAAAUAGGUUUGUGUCUUCACAUGGAAGCUAUAGUAAAUUUAAUUCCUAUCAUAGAUACAGGAAGACUAUCUACAAAUAUCAAUGAACACAUAGACGUGGGUUUUUUUCCAUAAAUAAUGGACUAAGGGCUGCUACAGUGCACCACCCUACAUGCUG